AUGGCGGCGACGUUUGGCGAGACGUACGCGGCGCUGGUGGCGGGCGGCAAGCUGCGGGUGGAUCCGGUGCAGCAAGCAGCGGUGGCAGAGCUGACGCGGCUAGAGGAGCGAGUGUUGGCAUGGGAGGCAAGCGGCGGACCGGGCAAGGCGGCAGCAGCAGCGGCGACGGGACGAGGUGCGAGCGCGGGCGCGAGCAGGCGGGCCGGUGGGUGGCUAGGCUCACUUCUCGGCGGCGGCGGAGUCGAGAAUGGCGCGAACAAGACGCUUGCCCCACCGGCCGGCCUUCCAAAGGGCCUUUACAUGUACGGCGGGGUGGGAUGCGGGAAGACGAUGCUGAUGGACGCGUUCUACGAGCACGUCGACGUGGGCUCCAAGGCUCGGGUCUCGUUCCACACCUUUAUGCUCCGGGUCCAUGCGGCGAUGCACAAGUGGAAGCAGAGCGAAGGCGCCAAGGCACGACAGGCUGGUGGCGAGUCGCGGAUGAUGGGCGAUGUGGCUGCCGAGAUGGUGCGGUCCGGCUGGCUGUUGUGCUUUGACGAGUUCCAGGUCACCGACAUCGCUACGGCAAUGAUCAUCCGGCAGCUGUUUGAGAACCUAUUCGCGCACGGUGCGGUGGUUAUGGCAACGUCAAACCGACCGCCUAAUGAGUUGUACUUGGGCGGCCUGCAGCGGGAUCUCUUUCUCCCGUUCAUCGACUUGCUGAACGAGCGGUGCGAGGUUCACCACCUGGCGUCGAAUCGCGACUACCGGGCAGUGCUCUCGGCCGAGAGUGCGGCACAGCCGACCGAGGGCACGGAAACGUACAUGUUCCCGCUUGCCCAGUCUGUGGAGGAGCGGAUGGAGGCUGCCUUUGCACAGGCAACAGCCGAUGCCAGUCAGGCGCCAGCGCCGAUGGAGCUCCCGGUCAUGAUGGGUCGCAAGAUCGUGAUUCCGCGCGCAGCUAACAGGGUGGCGUGGAUUAGCUUCUCUGAGCUGUGCGAGGCGGCGGUGUACUCGGCUGACUACCUCGCACUGACCGAGGCGUUCGACUCGGUGUUCAUCACCGGCGUGCCGCAGCUCGGCGAGGAGACACCCAACGAGGCGCGGCGGUUUGUGACACUCAUUGAUCAGCUGUACGAGGCCGGUGUCAAGGUUGUUCUCUCCGCGGAAGUUCCGCUCAACGAGCUGUACCAAGGUAUCAAGCGCGAUGCACACGGGGUGGAGGUGAGCGCGGCAGGAGACGGGGGUGGCAAGGGUGCCGGAAGCGGCCUCCGCGAGGACGUGGCCUUUGCCUUUGAUCGCACCGUCUCGCGAAUCCUCGAGAUGAACUCGGACGAUGCCAAGUGUGUGCGUGUUGCGGUGCUGGCGGGUGUGGCUGUGGCGGCAUGGGCCUUUGUCCUUGCCCGGGUGGCGUUCACCGUCGGCUCGUCGGGAGCGCAGCUGGCGUCUGUCCGCGGCAGCAUCCUCGGUCUUGCGGCGGUGUAUGUGACGCUGCUUGUGGUGCACUGGAUGGCGCUAGGGGUAGUGGCGCUCGACUACGUAGCCAUCUAUCUCAAGGUUGUCCUCGCUGCUCUUGUCGCCCUCCACUACGCCCUGCAGGUGGUGCGGCUGUUCCGCUUCGGCGCCCGCUUCCGAAAGCGGGCCAUGGUGGCUUGCGCGUGCGUGAUAGCGGUGGCGAGCGCGGUGCUCGCGGUCUCGUUCAUGGCUCCGCUGAAGAAUGCUGUCUUUGGCUCGAAUGUGUCGUGCAAGCGCCCGGCGUGGAUUCUGCAGAGCUCGCUGGAGUUUGCCAUGGCGUUGGCGUGCCUCGCCGGCGCAGUGCUGCUGACUCGCCGGCUGCGGGCGGUGGCGGCACUCUCGUCGUCGUUUGUGGCGUUUGAGCUGAAGCACAUGUGGCUGCUCACUGUCGUGUUUGUUGUCACCUCGAGUGUCUCGCUCGGCUACGAGAUUGCGGAGCUUGUGCAGAUCCGCACCGAGGCCGACUGCACGUCGUACCUGGACUCGCCCAAGUGGGCGGCGGCCAAUGCCGGGCUCCGCGUUGUGGUCCUCAUCCUUCCGGUGGUGACGACAGUGGCGGUCUUUGCUUCGCUGGCGCGCAAGUAUACGGAUAAGUUUAACGCGGCUGGUGGCAGGGGGGAAGCAGCGAGCCGCUGAUGGGCGGCGGAGUGAGCUCGAUCAAUGGGCCACAGGUUGCGGGCGCGUUCGCCAACCCGACGGCGGGACUCGCGCCCGGCGCUGGGGGCAUGGCGAGAAGUGGCUCGCGGUACUACGGCUUGCGAGCCGGCCACGCAUCGCUUCACAAUCUUGUUGGUCGUUCGCCGGGCAAGGCCUGGGGGCCUGCGGCGCACCCGGACACGGUCUUGUUUGACGAGAGCGAGACCGGCGACGAGUACGCAAGUCUGCCGUACGGAACAUGAGGAGCUAGCGUGGCGGCGGCGGUGGGCCCGGUUUGUCCUCUUUGAAAGCGGCAUGGACGAGGUUCUGGACGUAGUUGAGCGAGGUGUGGAAGACGUCGACGUAGACGUCAAGGGCACCGUUAGCACGGAGUUUGAUGGUGCCCUUGUCAAGGUACUUGAGGAUGACGUCCACGUUGAGGCCAGUGAUGGUCCCGUGGGUCCUCGGUGAGAUCCAAGUCGACGACGCUGGGAUGGUCCACUGGCUUUCUGCCGUGAGCGAGAUGUUGACGAUGGCGACCUGGGUCUUGCCCUGCCAGAUGGUAAAGUUGCCUGCGCGCA